UUUUUUUUUUUUUUAACCACCUCUGUUUAAUUUUACCUUCCUACAUACAUUCCAUUUUGAUAUUUUAAUUUUAUUUUCCUUCUAACCGACCAUAUUAUCUAAAGUUCUAUAUAACAAAUUAACAACGUAUACUCUAUAAACCAUGAGAGUUGAGGUCUGCCUAAAGAGGAAACUCAACAUUCGAUCUGCAUAGGACUACAAACCAAAAAUAAAUAAUAUUUCAAAGGGAUCCUUGACAAAAGACAAGUAUUCCUAAUAUUUUAAAACUAAUAACAACAAGCGAUAAUUACUAAUUUACAGGGCGUACACUAUAAAUUUUAAUUUCUAACGUACAUUGUACAUAUACUCCGUAUAUACACAAAUCAGAUAUCCAAUAUUUAACAAGGGUUGAGCACAAAUUGUAUAUCCGAUACAAAAUCACUUACAAAUUGAAUGUCCAAUAUUUGAAAUUGGCUUGGCGAUGAGUUCUAGGCAGUGCAGCAUGGGCGCGCGAGUUGCUCUGGCAAUUAGCCAGGAAUUAGGGCCUUUACUCGGGUGAGCCUACCUCGGUGAAUCGAUCUGUGGUGCUUGCAUUGAGAGUUUGGCGCCACUUCUUUUAUUGUCAUAUAAUUUUGGGAUGAAACCUCCUUGGACAUGUGAAGUGGACUAUUUCUCUUACUGUGAGUUCGACCCAGAUCCGUAUCUAAUGAGUAUGCAUAUUUGUCAAAGUGUGUAUAUAUUGUACAUAUACAUUUUUAUAUUCCUCCAAUAAGAUUAAUAGGCCAGGCUUCAGAUCAAUAUACAAUUAUACAACAUCAUGUUGUACCUAUCUCCCCUAUUUCUAAGUAUUAAAUUCAUAAUAUAUAUAAUAUUGUUUCACUGUCUACAAUACGUAAUAUGCAAAGUCUUUGCAUGAAUAAAUAAUUGAUCAUUAAUUCUUUGCACGUUACUCCUUACUAAAAUAGUCUUAAACCUCACAUGCAUUUCCUUAAUCUAGAUUUAUUUGCUCAAAAUAAAGGUUAUAUAUAUUCCAAAACCUCACCUCAAACUACUCUUAAUUUCAAAUUAUUCAUAUAAUACAAAGUACGAAAUACACAAAAGUCCAUGAAUAUGAGUUCAUUCGUAUCAACAAAACCACCAACUUGCAUUAAUCUUCAUAAUAUUAGCUUAAACUCAAACAUCAGAAAAUCUUCUAUAAGCUCAAAAUCAAGAUUUCAUUAUAAUCUUAGCUCCGUGAGACAAAGUCAAAGAAGGCAGCGUUCGUUAACUGUUAGAAGCAGCAUCGAACCAGUUCCGCCACCACCAACCCCUUCAAGUCCCACGCCUGCUGGAUUUCCUGGCAGGAAAGGAUGGAUAGCAGGAGCAGUCCUAGCAUUAUUGCUAUCAUUCUUGAAGGACAAAUGGGGGCCUUUGUUCUUAUUAAGAAAGGAAGUUGACCAGAGAUUACAGACGGUAGAAGAUGUGGCGGAGGGAUUGGAAAAGUUGGCGGAUAAGGUGGAGCACAUGGCUGAGGACAUUGGCGAGAAACUUCCAGAAGGAUCAUCACUUAAAAGGGUAGCUACUUUGAUUGAGGAUGCUGCUGAAAAGGUGGAAUUAGCUGCUCAUUUAACUGAUACAGCCAUUGACAAGAUUCAAGAAUUAGAAGACCAAGUGGAUUCGUAUGCAAAGUCAGAAAAAACAAAAGCAAGUCAGUCAAUUGAAGAAAAUAAUACAAGUAAUAAUAGCAAACCAGCAUCAUAAAAUCUAUAUUGUUAUUGUUAAUUAUUCGAUUUAAUGUUAUUUGAUGUUUUGUACUUCCUACUGGUUAUAUAAGUACUACUAUUGGUUGUGUGAUACUCAAGUCUCAAGUGUAUGUAACAUUUUCUUAAGAAAAAUCAUUGACAUACUUCAGUAUGUAGUUCGUAGUACUUCACUUAACUUUUUUUUUUUUUUUUUUUUUGGAACGGCUCUAACAUAUACGUAACAGUGUAAGACUGUUUAUGGCC